GACGUCACGGACUCUCUGCGGCCUCCAUUUUGCAAGUGAGCUCGUUGCAUUUUGCUGCAGCGUUAGUAAAUAAGGUGCAUUUCAAAUAAAAACAACAGGGAACUUCAAGCUGAAGGGAUAUUUUCACGGAGAAAACGAUGGCUGAUCCAUCAGCAGAUGUGGAUAUUCCGGAGGGCGCAGAGGUGCGCAAACUCUCCGAGCUGAGAGUUAUAGAUUUGAAGGCCGAGCUGAAGAAACGAAACCUGGACACCACGGGUGUUAAGAGCGUGUUAUCGGAGCGUCUAAAAAAGGCUAUCGAGGAAGAGGGUGGAAAUCCUGAUGAGAUUAUUGUCAUCUCGGAUUCAGCACCAAAGAAAGCCAGCUCUAUGCCUAAACGGGCUGCUAAAGAUACCAAGCAAGAGAGUGAUGAACCAGAAGACAGCACUAUUGAGGAGGAUUCCCAUGAUGGGCAUGAGGAUCUUCAGGAUGAUCAAGAGAACAUGCAGGAAAUGGACAUCCUUGAAAUGAACAUUCUGGAUGACACCGAAAACGACAAUGGAAUAUCAGCUGAGGAUGAUGAGGAUGAAACAGAGAAUUUUCACGGAGAGGAAGACGCAGCUAUGAGUGAAGAACAUGACAACACAGCAUUCGAGUCAGAGGAUGAAACAAGAUGUCGAGAUAUGGACGAGCCUGAGAUGUUGGAUAAAGAUGAAUAUAUGAUGUCUUCAGCAGUCUAUAUGGCUCGGGAACCAGAUGCAGAUGAUGUGCAAGAAGAAACAGAAAAUGACAAAGUAGCCGGGUCUUGUUUAUCUGAGCCGCUUAACGAAGAUCAACCCCAGAGCCACGAGACGAACCCUGAAGAAGAGCAAGCUGCCACCGCCGAAGGAGAAGACGGUGUGUCCGACACUGGUGCUGUGUCCGACACUGGUGCUAUGUCCGACACUGGUGCCAAAUCCGACAAAGCCACCUCUGGAGAUGUGGAGAGCGACAGGGAUGUUGUGGAGACUGACACCAAAGAGGUUGGGGGGACGCAGAAUGUCCCAGAAGAGACAUUUGAUGCUGAAAACAAAAGCUCGCAAGAUGUUAGUGUAAGUGAACAGGGCGCCGUGGGUGAAACUCUUGAUUCAGAAAUGGGGUCUAAGAAGGGUGAGGAGGAUGAGAAGACAGAAGAGAAAGCUGCUGCGGAUUCAGCCUCGACAGUGAAAGAGUGCUCUUCUGUAGAGGGCGAUGAUCAGAAAAAGAGCUCUGAGGAAAAAGAUGACCAGACUGAGUCAAAAGAUGAAAAAGCCACUGGAACUGGUGCUGCACCAAGCAGUAGCAGAAAUCUGUGGGUUAGUGGUCUGUCUUCCACUACCAGAGCGACUGAUCUGAAGACCCUCUUCAGCAAAUAUGGCAAGGUUGUUGGAGCUAAGGUGGUGACCAAUGCCAAGAGCCCUGGAGCUCGCUGCUAUGGCUUUGUCACCAUGUCCUCCACAGAAGAGGCCACCAAAUGUAUCAGCCACCUUCACAGGACUGAACUGCAUGGCAGGAUGAUCUCAGUGGAGCGGGCUAAAAAUGAGCCUGCGGGGAAGAAGCCAGCAGACAAGAAUGACACCAAGAAAGCUGGCGGCAACAGGAGGCACUCCUCUGAUUCCAAGUCUGAUGGAAAGGAUGAGAAGUCUGAGGGAGAAGGAAAAGAUGGCAAAGGGCAAAAUGAGAGGAUUGUAGUUAUGGACAAGUCCAAAGGAGAGCCUGUCAUCAGCGUGAAGACCAAAAGCAAGGAACGAAGCACAAAGAGUCGGGACCGCCAGUCAACCAGUAAGGAGAGGAAAGACAUUCUGUCAUUCGAUCAGAUCAAGGAGCAGAGAGAGAGGGAACGGCAGAGACAACGAGAGAGGGAGAUCAGAGAGGUUGAGAGACGCAGAUACACGGAUCGUGACAACAACCCAUCUCGUGAGCGAGAGCGAAUCCGUCUGUUCAGGGAGAGAGAGGAGAGGAAACACUUGAUGCGGAAGAGGAACUGGCUUGAGGCUGAGAAGCAGCGCCUUGACGCAGACCGCAUGGAACGUCAGUUCCUGGAGCGCGAAAGGCUACGUAUAGAGUACGAGAGGAGGCGUGAACAGGAAAGGAUCCUCAGGGAGCGUGAGGAGCUUCGACGGCAGCAGGAGCAGUUGCGCUAUGAACAGGAGCGACGCCCAAUUAAGAGGCCUUAUGACCUAGAUGGCAGGAAGGAUGAUUGGCCUGAUAAGCGCAUGGCCAUGGAUGACCGUUACGGCCGUUCAGACUUUGGUCGUCAGGAACGUUAUCAGGACUUUGACCACAGAGACCGGGGCCGUUACCAAGAUGACAUCAUGAUGGACAGGCGGGAUGGCGCUCGUGGCAUAGGUGCAGACAGAGAUGGUCAGCAUUUGUCAGACAGACAUGGCAGAGAUGGCCGAGACUCCUGGGGCGGAGGCUAUGACAAGCGCAUGAACCCCAGGGACAGUCGUGAUUGGGACUCUGGGCGCAAGGUGGAUGGUGACAGAGCAUGGCAAGGUAGAGAUGGGGCUAUCCCAGGCCAGAGUCACAUGGCACGUGGAGGAAUGGCAGGUCGUGGAGGCUACAUGAACACAGGAACAUCCCAGUCUCUCUCUGGAGCUCUUAACAGGCAGAACCAACUGUUGCAGGGUGGCGGACUGCAGAGUGGAGCCUUUGGUCGACGCUACUGAUCCACAUCUGUCUGAGCACAAUAAGAGGACUGUUUCAGAAGGUCAUACCAUGAAGGAUGUGACCCUCUUGUUUUUGUACUUUUUUUUUUUUUUUUU